UUGUCGUGUGUUCCAUUUUACUGCAUGUAGGUUACACCAGGAUCUGAAGGUACUGUUACAACACUUGAACUUCGCUUAGCGCCAACAUUGUGUCUGAAGAAUGUUGACACUGACAGUGAUACAGAUGGACUGUAUGAAAAGCGACUAUGUCCUGAGAAUGUAUCGAACAGGCGCAUAAUAUGUUCGAUCACAAGCUGGGAUCGUCCUUGGGUUGAAGACACGCUUUAUUCAGAACCAGCCUGUCAUGAAGAUGCAUAUAAUGAUGGAACCGGCAAGAUCAGACAAGAUGAAGAUCAUCAAAAAAGUAACUUGGAUACCGUGAUGGAUGACCAGAUAGAACCUUUAAAUGAAGAGAUGUCAUUGCCAGCAGUAGAAAGUCAUUCCAUUCCAGUAGUAGAAGAGCUGGAUCCAAUAGUAGAACAGGUAGAAAAGUCCCGAACACCAAUAGUAGAGGAACCGAUAAUAGCUACACAUACGUACUGCACAGGAUGCCCUACUGAUCUUGAUGUUAGCAACCCAGCAUUGCAAGACUAUGUAGAUCAAGCUCUUGCUGUGAUUGAUGAAGGUUCACAUGGAAAGUAUAUGCACAGAGCCACAAGGAUUGCCAAGGCACAGAAGCAGGUUGUUAAUGGUGUUAAAUAUAUACUUCAACUAGAAGUUACAGAAACAUCAUGUUUGAAAGGUUCAACACAAGAUAGAACUUCCUGUGAACCAAAUAUGGAUAGUGUUAGAAUAUGCUCAGUUGAGUUCUUGGAGAAACCAUGGCUAGAUUCCAGCCGUGAGAUUAUCAGCAAUAAUUGCACUUCCUAUAAUAACGAUCUUGAAAAUGAGAUUGAACCUCACUUUAUACCAAAUAAUGAAGCUAACCGUCAAGAAAUAUUUGACUACCUUGAUACAUUGAUUGAACCAGAUCUUGUCACUGCAAAAAUACCUUCAUCCUAUGGAAGAGAUGGCUUAUAUCUGCCUGAAAACGAACCAGAGGAUCAUCAUGUUGAAACUGAUGCUGAACAAAUUGAUGUUAAUAAUCCUGAUGGGAAACAAAAGAAGUCCGAUAGAUCCGAAGUUGAUGAACAAAACUCUGAAUCUACUAAUGAGAAAGAAAGUAUAUUAAAGUCCGAAGGAAACAGCAAUGAAUUUGAAGAAACUAAGCAGUCAGAAAGGCAGAAACCACAGGAUCAGUCAGAUGAAAGUGACCAGAGUUCUGAAAGUAACGAAAGGCAAGAAAAGAUAAUAGAGAAGUUUGCAGAAUAUAUCACAGGAGAGAGUCGUAACAGAAGGGAGACCACUCCCCGGUCUGUUCCUGGGGGUCUGAAGGAUAUUGACAAGUCAGAGGUAGAACUUGUUAACAAACUUUCAGAGAUUGCUGUCCGGACAUUAGAUGAAAUUGAUGAGGAUGACAGGAGGCGUGUAGUGUUAGAGGUCUUAGGUGCACAGAAGCAGAUAGUAAAUGGUGUGUUGUAUCAUUUGCAACUGAGAGUGGGAACUACAUCAUGCAGCGAGAAUGGCGAUAAUAAGCCAGACUGUAUGAAGCAUCACUCAUCACCUGUAAAAAUAUGUAGAGUGGAGUUACACCGUUCAUUUACUGAUAACUCCAAUCUGGAUGCAAAAGUUGUGAAAUCUGAAUGUACCACAGAAGAAAGGAUUCUGCCUGAGAAGAAAUUGAGGGAGAAACGCAGUGGUGGUAAUAUUGUUUUAAGUGGUACUUCACCUGCCAAUAUAAGUGAUCCUUAUAUCACACGCCUUGCAGAUUUUGCUGUCUCUGAAUUGGAUAAAGGCACCAACUCAUUGUACACCCAGUGUGUUGUGAGAAUUGUGAGUGCAUCGAAACAGGUGGUAGCUGGUUAUAAUGUAUUCUUAGUUUUGGAACUUGGUGAAAGCAGUCGCCGCAAAGGAGAGACUAACAGCGGCAGCUGUAAACUGACUGAGAACUCGGAGAUUAAAAUUUGCCAUGUCACAGUAUGGGAUCGACCUUGGCUAGAAAAUGCACAUCAAGUCACUUCAUUUAACUGCUCAGCUUCUGAGUCAAGGAGCAGUGGG